AUGAGCCUGACCUCAGCGCCCGACUCCCGGCCGAGCGGCCGGACCGCGCCCCCCGCGGGCAGACGUACGGAAUCUCCGGUCGUGGACCUGAACGUGGGGGGUGAGUUCUAUACCACCACCUUGGGCACCCUGAGGAAGUUCCCAGGCUCAAAGCUGGCAGAGAUGUUCUCCAGCCCCGCCAAGGCCUGCCUGGAUGCCGAGGGACGCUUCUUCAUCGAUCGCUGCGGCACCUACUUUGGACCCAUCCUGGAAUAUCUGCGCAGUGGGCAGCUGCCCACCCAGCACAUCCCGGAGGUGUACCUCGAGGCUCAGUACUACGAGAUCAGGCCCUUGAUCAAAUACCUGGAGGACACGCCGCAGAUCUUCGGCGAGGAGGUGGCGCGGAAGCAGUUCCUGCUGCAGGUGCCCGGAUACAGCGAGAACCUGGAGCUCAUGGUGCGCCUGGCGCGCGCCGAGGCGGUGGCGGCGCGCUGCUCCCGAGUCCUGGUGUGCCUGGUACGAAACGAAAAGGAGGACGCAAACUGCGCAGACGCCCUGCGCUCCCUGGAGGCGAACAAAAGGUCAGUGGUCAAAUUCGGGCCUUGGAAGGCAGCCCUGGAUAUCAGUGACCUCCUGGAGUGCCUGAACAUGGACAUUAAGGCCCAAGGGUACCAGGUAUGCUAUUCACACAACAGUCCGUUACCAGCCAAGGUCUCCGACUACUUCUAUACAUUCAGCUUCAGCUGGUGGUGA